CAUAUAGAGUGAGAAAAGGAGAUAGAGAGAGAGAGACUGAGCUAGUUCACUAGUGACCUGCGAAUUGCCAUACGAAUCAGAGACUUACAGUUACAGAUUGCUUCGGAGUGAUUGAUUGAUGAUGACGGAUUAUUACAACGGCUUGAUUGGUGUGGAUGAGGCGGCGCCGGAAUCUUCGUCGGAAAACGGGAGCUCGUGCGGGAGAGCGAAUUUAUCGGACGAGGAAGUGAUUUUAGCUUCUGAGAAUCCGAAGAAGCGGGCGGGGAGGAAGAAGUUCCGGGAGACGAGGCACCCGGUGUACCGGGGAGUGCGCCGGCGGAACUCCGGGAAAUGGGUGUGCGAGGUCCGGGAGCCCAACAAGAAGUCCAGAAUCUGGCUCGGGACAUUCCCCACUGCCGAGAUGGCGGCGCGUGCGCACGACGUGGCGGCGAUGGCGCUCCGAGGGCGAUCCGCUUGCCUCAAUUUCGCCGACUCCACGUGGCGCCUGCCUGUGCCGGCGUCCUCCGACGCCAAGGACAUCCAGAAAGCCGCCGCCGAGGCCGCCGAGACUUUCCGGCCACGGCCAGAGGUGGAGGAGGAAGAGGAGGAGGAAAGUGUGACGACGCCGUUUUGGGAAAAUCAAUGGCUCGUGGAUACAGAUGCCGCGUUUGGAAUGCACGAGCUGCUGACUAAUAUGGCUGAGGGCUUGAUGCUGCCACCGCCGCCGCCGCCGCCGCCGUACAGUGGCGACGUGGGUUUCUCCGCUGACGUGUCAUUGUGGAGUUAUUCAAUUUGAUCAUUUUUUAUUUCAUAAACUUGACUGUAUUUCUUACCUCCUCUGUACUUCAAUUUUUGUGAUUAGUACAGAGGAGAAAUGUAGAUUUUAGCGUCGAGUCUAAAUACAGUACUAUUUUAUAAAGCCUUCAAAUCUUGAAAAAAAAAUUAAUAAUAAUUUAAUAUUCUUUCAA